AGACCAAUAACAUAUCCGUGGCGGACUGCCGUGUUCAACUGUCAUUGGCGAAAUAAUUUUGUGUAUGAAACAUGAAGUUGAGUGAAACGAAUUUACAUGUUGAUUAAUUUUGAAAGAUAAUAAAAAGAACCUUAAAAUUAAAAGCGCAGAAGAAUGACAAAGAAAUACAAACAGUGCACUUCUUUUUGAUACAAAGUUUAUUUUAUUAGGUGUACGUUUUCUAGAGUUACAAUGAAAUCCACCGGUUUAAGGAUUUUUUUAAUUGUAUUAGCACACACGUUUGUUAUUUGUGCUGGAGAUAGUGAGGCUUCUACACGAAAUGAAAGAAAAUCAAAAGGAGUAACUACAUUCGUAAGUGCUAAAUGGGAAGCCACCCCUAUUGUGUUGGAACUGGCUGAGUACAUGUCAGCUGAGAGCUCCGAUUUGUUCUGGUCCUUUUUCGAUGGAAUUAUCUCUCUGAAAUCCAGUCUAAGUGCUCUAGAAACUGAUAAAGAAGUAUAUGAUGCCUGUAUAAGUGUAGCAAGUUCGCUACUGGCUCCAGCUCAGUUGCGUAUGGCCAAGCUUGCUCUGUCUAUGCACCUAACUUCUCCUACUGUACGCAUGUUUGACCAGAUUGCCACUCAGAAUGGGGCUAAGGAAUUAGCCUGUGAUAGUUUUGUUUCUAUAUCAUCGCAGAAAAUUUGUGAUAAUGAUGUAUUAAGGGAUGUACUGAAAUCUGUACAGCAAUAUAAUUAUGAGGAACAUAAAUUGGAAACCUACUUAUUAGAUCAUACAUAUCCAAGUAGCGAUAAUAAAAGUGUAACUGCAAUUUUGUAUGGAGAACUGGGCACUGCAGACUUUGCAGCAAAACAUAAGAUAUUGGCAGGGUAUGCUGAUAAAGGUUUAAUCAACUAUGUUGUAAGAUGGAAUGUAAAAUCUAGAGGCAAACCUAAAUUACGUCUGUCUGGAUAUGGAGUAGAGCUGCAGUUGAAAAGUACGGAAUACAAAAGUCAGGAUGACACUACUCCUAAGGAAGCUGAUGGUGAUGAUGCUUCAGCACCUUCAGAAGAAGAAGAUGAAAAUGAUCCUCAGAACCAAAUUGAUGGAUUUAAUUUUGGCAAGCUUAAAAACCUGUUUCCCGCUUUACGCACGCCCUUGGAACGCUUCCGACGGCAUUUGUCUGAAAUGAGCGAGGAGUUGGCUCCGCUCAAGGUUUGGCAAAUGCAGGGCUUGAGCAUGCAAGCGGCAGCUGCGGUGAUCGACGCACACGACUCUGGUGGUGACGAAGCACUUAAAGUGCUCACUUCUAUCGCUCAAAACUUUCCCAUGCAGACAAAGUCUCUGAUCCACGUGAACGUCCCCCGCUCGUUCCGCGACGAAGUUCUGUACAACCAGGACAUAUGGGCGUCGUCGCUAGGGCUGCGCCCCGCCGAGCCGCUGCUGCUCGUGUCGGGCGCACAGUACGACGCGGAGGAGGUCGAUGUGAUGGCUCUACUUGCUGCUCUUAGGGAAGAUAUUGGGCCUAUGAACACGUUGCACGCCAUUGGUAUGUCAAAGAAGCUAAUCAACAAGCUAAUGUCACUCGAGGUCGGUGAAACCUUCACGUGGGAGGAGUACGGGCUGGACAUCCGCGACACCGCCAUCACGUGGCUCAACGACCUGGAGACUGACGAGCGCUACAGGCGCUGGCCUUCCUCGUACAUGGACCUGUUGCGGCCUACCUACCCGGGCAUGCUUAGAAACAUGAGGAGGAACAUUUAUAAUUAUGUAAUAAUAGUAGACCCCAUUUCACCUGUUUCGGCUCCUCCGCUAAAACUUGGGGAAACUCUUCUAAAACACGCGACACCGGUACGAGUAGGCCUCGUGCUGGCUCCGGGCAGCAGCGACCCUGUGCUAGCGGCGGCCGUGCGAAGCGCGUUCAACUACGUUGCGCAGGAUCGGAACUCCAACAAAGAGGCUUUCUAUUUCCUCUCUCAGCUGCUUCAUUCUGCCCAAGAUGACACCCUAAACUUGGACAAUAUCAAGAAACAUUUAAAGAAAUAUGCAAGUUCCAAUGCGAACCUAGAUGAGAUUAUAUCUGAAGACUCCGAAUACAACUUUGGGCAUCAAUUGGCUGAAGAAUUCGUUUCCAAAUUGGGAACUAAUAAAUAUCCUCAGGUGCUGAUAAAUGGAGUACCGCUUUGGGACGAAAGCGCAACGCCAGUGACGUCAUCGGUGGAGUUGCUCGAGGAGGCAUUGGUGACGGCCCUGUCCAGGCACACGGGGCGCUUACAGCGAGCAGUGUUCCGCGGCGAACUGGCCGAUACUGACGACGCCUUGGACUAUCUGAUGAAACAGCCGCACAUAAUGCCUAGAUUAAAUCGCCGUGUGCUUGCCUCAGAAUCAUCUCAAUACUUGGAUUUGUCUGGUGUUCCAUCCUCAGCUGAAUUAUUCACUGAGGACAAAAUCCACCGGCUUCUACAAUUGACUGGUCGCGAUGCAUUGGCAACAGCCUUGCCAAUCUUGAAAUAUUUCACAAAACCUGGUAAACCAGAGAAAAUUACUCAGACUAUUUGGAUCGCGGGUGAUUUAAAUGUCAAGGAAUCUAGGGAUUUGUUAAGGAACGCUUUGGCUUUUAUGAGGGAAUCGGGUGGUGUUCGAGUAGCCUUUAUACCCAACGUAGACGGAACGUCGAGUGCGGAUCAGUCGCUCAACAAAGUUGUUCUGGCUGCUCUCAGUACGUUGGAAUCGGUGACAGCCACCAAGUACGUAACACAACUGCUGGAAGACGAGGGCUGCCAUGAGAGACAGGACUGCGACAUUAUGCCAGAGCUAGUCCCAGCCCUGAACAAAUACGCGUGGGUGUUGAAAGCGUCGCGAGUGCUGUGCGCGCGCAGCUUGCGGCUCCGUGUGGGCGAGCGCGCCGUCGUGCACAACUCACGAGUUAUUGGCCCCUUCGCGGACGGCGAAAGGUUCUCACUCGAUGACUUUGUUUUGCUGGAGAGGUACAGUAACCAAGUAUACGGGGACAAAUUGUCUGAAGUCUUUAUGAAGAAAAAGACAAUCACUAAUGAAGUUCUGGAUGACGAUGAUGAUACGGCGGAAAUAUCGACGGAAAACUAUAUGAAAGUGAUAUCAGUGCUAGCGUCACGCAGCCCUAAGGUGCGCACGCCGCUGCCGAGCGGACUGCGCACCGAACAUUCCGUGAUUGAGUUGCCGCCUCUCUAUCAGGAUGAAGCUGCAGUUGAGAUCGUAGCAGUGGUGGACCCCGCGUCGACCCCGGCGCAGCGCCUGGCGCCGCUGCUGCUGGUGCUGCGGCGCGUGCUCAACUGCCGCCUGCAGCUGUUCCUCAACCCGCAGGACAAGAACUCCGACAUGCCUCUCAAGAGCUUCUACCGCUAUGUGCUAGAACCGGAGCUACAGUUCAACGCGAACGGAGCGCAGACAGCAGGCGCGAUAGCUCGGUUCUCACGCCUGCCGCACGCGCCGCUGCUGUCGCUGGAACUGAGGACACCGUCCAACUGGCUCGUCGAGUGCGUCAAGUCCGUCUACGAUCUCGACAACAUACGCCUGGCUGACGUCGAGUCGCUUGUGCAUAGUGAAUUCGAGCUGGAGUACCUACUACUGGAAGGUCACGCGUGGGAUACAACCCUGGGCACCCCUCCGCGAGGCUUGCAGCUGAUCCUCGGCACUCGGGACAAGCCGGAGAUGAUGGACACCAUCGUGAUGGCCAACCUCGGCUACUUCCAGCUCAAAGCGAACCCGGGCGCUUGGACCAUGCGCUUGAGACCGGGACGCUCCGAUGAUAUUUACGAAAUUGUUGGUCACGAGAACACCGACACACCGGCGGGCAGCGAACACAUCCAGGUCCUGAUGAGCUCGUUCCGAAGCCACGUCGUCAAGCUGCGCGUCAGCAAGAAGCCAGACAAGCAGCAUCUCGACCUGCUCGAAGAGAACGACGAUAAGAACAGCGGAGGAAUAUGGAACUCUAUUGCAAGUUCAUUCGGCGGCGGCGAGGAGUCCGAAGCUCAAGACGAAACGAUCAAUGUGUUCUCGGUAGCGUCUGGACAUCUUUACGAGCGGUUCCUGCGUAUCAUGAUGUUAUCCGUGCUCAAGCAUACGAAGAGCCCCGUCAAAUUCUGGUUCCUGAAAAACUACCUCAGUCCAUCACUUAAGGACAUCUUACCGUACAUGGCGCAAGAGUACGGGUUCGAGUACGAGCUGGUGCAGUACCAGUGGCCGCGCUGGCUGCAGCGGCAGAGGGACCGCCAGCGCACCAUCUGGGGCUAUAAGAUACUGUUCCUUGACGUGCUGUUCCCGCUACACGUCAAAAAGAUUAUCUUCGUCGACGCUGACCAGAUUGUACGAGCAGAUUUGAAGGAACUUGUAGAUCUUGACUUAGGCGGAGCUCCAUAUGGAUAUACACCAUUUUGCGAUAGCAGGAAAGAAAUGGAGGGAUUCCGGUUCUGGAAGCAAGGCUACUGGAGGAAUCACCUGCAAGGGCGCAGCUACCACAUCAGCGCGCUGUACGUGGUGGACUUGAAGCGCUUCCGGCGCAUCGCGGCUGGCGACCGCCUGCGCGGCCAGUACCAGGCGCUCAGCCAGGAUCCCAACAGCUUGUCCAAUCUGGAUCAGGAUUUGCCUAACAACAUGAUACACCAGGUGGCCAUAAAGUCUCUGCCGCAAGAGUGGCUGUGGUGCGAGACUUGGUGCGACGACAACUCCAAGCAGUAUGCCAAAACUAUUGAUUUGUGCAACAACCCACAAACGAAAGAGGCGAAGUUAUCGGCGGCGAUGCGCAUCGUGCCCGAGUGGCGCGCGUACGACGACGAGAUCAAAGCGCUGCAGGCGCGCGUGCGCCGCGGCCUCUACCAGCACGCGGACCACGAACAGGAAAUCGAGAACCACGAAGAUGUUGCUGCGACAGAAAGCGCCUCAGGCAAAGAACAACAACAUACCGAGUUAUGAUGCAAUUUUGUUAUUCGAUAUUAUAAAUGAAUUUUUUGUUAUUCCAAUGUUUGGUAGUAGGUAUGUUUAUAAGUGAGUGUAGUGCGAGUGAAGCGAAAAAGUCGAGUAGGUAAGAGCUUGUGUGAGUUUUUCAAGUUUAAAUUGGAGGCCGCAGAUCACAUUGCCAACAGUCCAGUUCAGAGUCUGUCUGAAUUCAGAGUUCAGCAUCUGUUUUCGUUUUUAGAAUCAUAUUUAUUUUGCCAAGUUGUGUGCAUUACAGCUGUUAAGUAAAAGGUUAGACCCAUUCACGUUCACGAUUUAACUUCCACAGGUAGUGUGCUUAAAAUAUAAAUGUAAAGUGUUAACAAUGUUUACAUCACUCAUUGAUCGUUUAACUAAUUCGAAUUAAAUUAUAUAACAAAACAAUAUUUGUGUUAUCUUAGAAUUAAUGUAAACCCAGAACUUUGAAUUCUAGACUGUUGGUUAUCAACGCUGAUAUUCUUCUACUGUAAGCGGUCCCAAAUAUUAUCAAUAUUGACUAAUAUUUGACUCGUUUCUAAUGACUAGGAUUCCGUGGAUAAUGGAUAUAAAAUCCAUUAACAAUGUUAGAUGCGCUUUAUUUUUCCACUACCGAUUCGUGGUUGGAAAAUCUUUUUGUGAUUGAACAAUAUAUUUAAUAUUGAUAAUAUAGGGACUCGUUUUAUUAUAAAUAGGUAGCUCUUUGCUCAGAUUUUUGUAAAUAUACUUAUGUAAUUACCGUCGUUGUAAAGAACUUUUCAUAGAUUUUUAGCUUUUCUCCCAGUGUCACGGACCAAACAUUUUGUUUUUGUUUUUAUUUCGCGUUGUAUUUUCAAUUCUUAGUGAUGUGAUUAUAAUUUAAGUGAUGGUACAUUGAAUUUGUAUAUUGUUGUGUGAAUUAGAUUGAUACAGUUUAUUUUUGUAAAAUUUCUUUAGCCAUAUUUUCAUUGUCAUGUACCUUCACUAUAAUCGAUAUGUAGAUUUCAUUUAGAUUCUUAAUUUUAGGCUGAAGACGUCAAACUAUUACUAUCAGCAUGCUAUUUUCAAAAUUGUUCGGUUUACAGAUAAAUUACACACAGGUCAAAUCUGUGUGUCUACAUUUUUCGUAGUGAUGUCUUUUGCCUUAAAAUAUUAUAACCUCUAAACGGAUCUCAAACUUCCAAAGUUUAGAGGUACCUCAUGUCGGUAAAUAAUAAAUAUCCCUCAUCAAGCUAAUAUAUCAUAAAAAUGUACUAUCGUUUGUUUGUAACAGAGCAGUUCAGCUCACGAACCGACAUAAAAGAAUAAACACGCCUGAUCAUAAU